UCUUAGAAAUAUUAUAUAAACUUUAGAAAUAUAAUCUGUCCGACUGUUUCUGUGUAAACUGAUAUUUGAGACUUUUAUCCUUUCCAGACUUUCCUGCUUAUGUUGGUGACUGUAGCCUAUCUCUACUCAGCGCCGAGGGGCUGGAUGACCAUUGCAACAGUCAAAUGUGGUUGAUUUCUGAAGUUUUGGGUUAGAAUGGGGUAGCUCUGGCUUUCCUGGCCGCUUCCCUAGAUUUUCAGAGAGGCCAUAUUGUGGUUUCUGUGGCGGCGAUUUCCAGGGCACUCCAAUUAGGGUUUCCAUGGGCUAAAUCAGAAUCGCCCUGGCGGCCAUCGGGAAGCUCAUGUUUGCCCAAUUCUCUGCCUUGGAACCGGUCUGCUGGGCCCAAUCCAAGCCUGGACUACGGCUUCAAGGAUAAUCUUUCAGGGCAAUAAUGAAUUACUAUGAAGUUGCUCAUGUUGGUGGUUGUUAGCUUUUCUAAGUUUCUAUAUAUUCUCUGACUGCAUCUUGGAAUAUAAAUUGCCGUUUGAGCAGUGUAAUAUAGGUGGCCCUGUAAUGCGUUGGAUGAACAAGAGGUGCUGCAAAAUAUGUAACUGUACACGCACAUUUGCAAAGAACACAAAGAAAAAGAGACGACCUUCGCUCAUUGACAUACGCAUUCAUAUUCCUUCUCCAUAGAAGAUUGCACCUGCAAGGUUACCAGAAAAGAAAAGUAUUAAUUACAAAUAGCAGCAACAUUUAAGACAAGGAACAAGUCUACUGGAUUAUCAAACACCAUAUUACAAGCAGCAAAGCAAUGGACCUGAGCACAAGCCCUACAAAACAAGCUCAGUUGAAGCAAGAACAACCAAAGCAACAACAAACACCAAAAAGAUCAAAAACAAAAACACAAAAUUGUAUGUCAAUUGAAGAACUGAAUGCAAGAAAAGCCGGAAACAUGUUUGACGGUGAUGUUCUUGUAGUCUAUAAAGCAACACUAGACAAAGUGAACAAAACACGCGAGGUUUUACGUGCAGAUCUAACAGAUUUGAAGGCAGAAAUGACAAUUACAUUGAAUGUACCCAGUAAUCUUGUCCAACAAUAUGAAAACAAGAUUAUUCCAGGAUCAGGAAUAUCUAUAACAGGAUUUCAAAUCGCUGCAAAAACAGACUAUGAUCGCGGAGAUUGCGAUUGUAUAUUGAUUUUAAAAGAAUCAUCUAUGGUGGAGACCAAACCAAGUAUCUGUAAGCAAUACAACUUCAUUCCAGGUACAACUAUCAAACAGUUACUCACAAGCACAAACGAAUAUGCCACUGGAACAAUUGGUGCAUUGGUUGUUGCAACAAAGAAAAAAGCUUUCCAAUACAUGAUUGAAAUCAAAGAUGGCUUCAGCGACAUGGACAAGGCAACGCUACUAUUACAUCCAAAUUUUGCACACCACUACUUAACAAUUGAAGAGAAACUCAAAAGAAAUGAAAUCCCAGCAAUGCUGUUUAGAAACGUUGUUAAAAGAACAGAUUUAAAAAACACACUUCGGACAGGUUUAUCAACAACUAUAUGCAGAUUGAAUGAUAAAAGAACAAUGGACAGACUCAAUGCACUACUACAUACAACAUUUUAG